ACCCUAAUAUAAAGCCAGAGGGACUAUUGAUCCCGAAUAAAUUGCAUCUUCAGUCUGGGAACGGAGCGUACCUCUUGACGCUGCAGUGACGUAGUCAGAGGCCGUUUCCGUAGCAACUGUGGCUGGUCCGUUACCCGCAGCGGUCGCUGUUCAGAUCGGAGCCGAUCGGUGAGCGGAGAGGAGCGUUUUUCUCGUCAGUUACCGGGAUUCCUCCUCUGGGUUGCGGGGUGUCGAGACACGGGGGCGGCGCAGUAUCGAGGUGGGGAGCCCGCAGGUCCGUGCGGAGAUGCUGAACAUGUGGAAAGUCAGGGAGCUGGUGGACAAAGCCACUAAUGUGGUGAUGAACUACUCAGAGAUCGAGUCUAAGGUUAGAGAAGCUACCAACGACGACCCCUGGGGGCCCUCUGGACAACUAAUGGGAGAGAUAGCCAAAGCUACGUUUAUGUAUGAGCAGUUCCCAGAGGUGAUGAACAUGCUGUGGACCAGGAUGCUGAAGGAUAAUAAGAAAAACUGGAGAAGAGUGUACAAGGCCUUACUCUUGCUUGCCUAUCUGAUCAGGAACGGCUCUGAGAGAGUCGUUACCAGUGCCAGAGAACACAUCUAUGACCUGCGAUCUCUAGAAAACUAUCAUUUUAUAGAUGAGAAUGGGAAGGAUCAAGGUAUAAACGUGCGUCAGAAGGUGAAGGAGAUGGUGGAGUUCAUUCAGGAUGACGACAGACUGAGAGAGGAGAGAAAGAAAGCAAAGAAGAACAAGGAUAAAUAUAUUGGAGUCUCCUCUGACAGUAUGGGCGGUGGAGGUGGCAGCUUUAAGAACUCUAACGAAUUGGAUCGAAAUAAGUGGGAUGAAGACUGGGACAAGAGCAGAGGAGCUUUCCCUUUCAGCGAGAAGCUCGGAGAGAUCAGUGACAAGAUAGGCAGCACCAUUGACGACACACUCAACAAGUUCAGAAAGAAGGAGCGAGACGACUCGCCUGACCGGAUCAGUGACAAUGAGGAGGAGAGAGGAUCCAGAAACGGGAGGCAGGAGACGAUCGAAUUUAAAGACGAGGAGGAAACGGUCACGACGAAGAGCAUCCAGAUCACACAAGCGACAGAAACCACAACCACCACCACAAGGAAACGCAGCGGGGCGGCGAGCAGCAAGACGCUGGACCUGGGGGCUGCAGCGCACUACACCGGAGACAAGAGCCCAGAGGGAAAGUCGUCGGGGAAGCAGACUUCCAGCGGUGGACUGGCCGACCUGCUGGUGAUUGACCCUUCAAACAACGAGAGCACAGCGGCGGCAGGGACUUCAGACCUCAUAGGGGGCUUUGCUGACUUCUCCUCACCUGCAGCCUCUGCCAGCCUCCCCACCUCCACUGCUGCUGCCUCUUCCAAUGGAAACGGGGAAUUCGGGGACUGGAGCUCCUUUUCAGGAAAUCCCCCCGCUCCUUCCAGCUCCUGUCCGUCGCAGCCGGUUACCGACCUGUUUGGCAGCGGACCGUCAGCGCCGCCGCUGCCGGCCUCAAACCCAUCCUCUGUCCCCCCAUCUGCUGAGCUCUUUGACCUGAUGAGCGGAGUCCACCAUCAGCCAACCAAUCCGCACACGACGCUCAGUGCUUCUCAGAGCAUGACCUUCUCUCUUGGAGGGGUGACGCCGGGAGGAUCCGUUGCCAUGCCUACGAUGCCACACUCCCGCUCUCAACAGAAUUUGGUGGGCAUGGUGUCCCAGCAGCCAACGGGAUCGCAGCAAAAGGCUGGAAUUGGAAGCCAGGGGUCAUUAGGGUCAACUUGGUCCGACCCGUCCGUCAAUAUCAGCCUGGACUUCCUGUCAGCCGGACUCAACCACACAAAGACACCACCAACCCUGAACAAUAUAAUCCAACAACAAGGAGUGCCUCCGGUCAGCCUGUUGGCUCAGAGUUUUGGAGGACUAACUCUCAGCUCCCCACCUCAUGUGGCUCCCAUCAGACCACCAGCCAAUCCCAUCAUGGCUGGCAGCGCCAUGGCGAUGGGCAUGCCUGCUUCCCUGGGCGUGGGCAUGCCACCUUCGAUGGCCACCGGCCUGCAGAGUGGAAUUCCUGUGAACCAAGGGAUGAUGGGAAUGAACAUGAGCAUGAAUAUGGGCAUGGCCGCCCCGGUGAUGAUGGGUGGCAUGGCAGGGAUGGGGGUGCCAGGAGUGGGAAUGGGCCUGAGCCACUCCAUCAGCCCCGCCGUGGUCCCACCCAAACAAGAUGCCUUCGCUAACUUUGGCAGCUUUGGGAAAUGAAGGUUUGCUGUCAAGUGUGUGUGUGUUUGUGAAUGAGUGAGUGAGCAUGAAUGUGUGGACCUGCGAGUAAGCAAACUGCAGAAGGACUUUGCUGUACUUGAAGACAAACCUUGCAUGUUUGGGCUUUGGUGAGCUGGCGCCGGUGAUUGUUUGCCAUCGGUUCCCACUGAUUCUCCGCAGCAGAGAGCAGAGGUGGAGAGAACAUGUCGGUACAUAACCAUCAUUACUUCCCUUUACUGGAAAAAUCAUUGUCUUCACGAGUUUUUAUACAACCAUAUCUUAUCCUCCAUCGUUCAGUUUUUUCUGCACAAACAAUUCAGUUUAGCUAAAAUGGCACUGAAGCCUUAAUUUUGCAUUGUACAUGAGAAGGUAAUUUUUUAGAAAUCUGAAUUUUACUAUACAAUUUAAGCCAUUUUACUCCAACUUUGAAAAAGCCCUUUUCAGACAUGAAUCAAAGCGGUCUGCUUCUAUUUGCUCUUAUGUUUCACAGCAAGCAGCUUCAUUCAGACUGAUCUGUUUAUAUGAUCGAGUCAUGUAAAAUUGGCUAUUGGUGUCUGCAGGUCAAAAAAUAAAACAUUUUUUGGUACCUACAUCCAUUUUGUACCUGUAAACAAACCAUUGUUUACCUGUGCACUCCACUUAGAUUUCAUUGUAGUAAAGUAUUUUCAUAAAUUAUAAGAGGUCAUUAAAAUCCUCAAUCAUUGGAAAUAAUUUAAUUAAUUUGGAUAUUAUCUGAAAACUUGGUGUUGGAUCAAUAUUUUUGCUAAAAUAAGAAAAAUUAUGACUUCUGGUUGAACCAAAUUAACUAACUUGGGUCAUAAUGAAUCUCCUGUUGGUACAUAUUGCUUCAUUGGAGUUAUGUGGAAACAUUUCUUUACUGUGGAUCAUAAAUUUAAUUGGAAGUUUUCAAAGUGGAUAACAGGAUGUUUUGUACCUAAAAGGUGGAUAACUCAACAACUACAAAGGUCAGAAAUGGUGAAGGGCUGAAAUGAUCAGCACCUAUAAUUACUACAUUCACUCCUUCACCAAGCUGUAGCUGAAAAUCAUUUCACACUCAUGCACUUGAAUUAUGGAAUAUGUUUAUUUGCAAAUUUAGAAAAGAAUUUACUAAAAUGUGCAAAAUGUAAUGUGACUUUCUGUCUUCUUCACACCACUACUAAGUAUUUUGGUUCUAAACUACAAAAGGUAUGAAUUGGUGAAUUAUAAAGUUAAUUUACAGUUUGCUCUUAACUCAGCCAUAAAAUAUAUCAAGUCCAACAUAAGAUUAUAAUAAAAAAAAAGAAAUAGUCUGAAAGCAGAAACUUUAGCACCAGUCUCUAAGCUGUUUUAAAACCUGUGUGCUGAAGGAAAAAAUAUUUAGAUUCUGCAUCUUAUUGUUGUAAAAAAAUCCACUAAUUAAAAUGCUUUUGAUUAUUAAAACGAUGAUGGAAUCUGAAAGUAGCAGGAGGAUUUUUUUCUGCUUGUGUUUUGCCAGUAAAUUUCUCCUGUUUCUGUCUGGAAGGGGCUUUUGAACUCCCUUGACCGCCAGCAGGGGGCAGAAUGAUUCUACUUUAAAACUAGUAACAUUCAUUGUUCUGGAUGGAGGAUGGAUGGGGAAAUACAAAUUAACAUCUGAACCCAGACAAGCCCAUUUCUUUUUUCUCUUUUGGUUUAGUCUAACAUUUUAAUCAGGUUGUUGCAUUAUAAUAUUUGGAGAGGUAGUACCGAAUGAUUCUUCCAUUUGACUUUCUGAAUGCAUUUACCACAUAAAGGGCCAGUCAGUAUUUUAUUCAGAGUGCUACUGAUUAUUUUCUAUUUAUGCAACUUGUUCACAUGACUUCACAGAUCUCAGUAAACUAUUCAGUGUUACUUUCUGACUCACCGAUAUUCAUAGCAUCUCUUAACUUUUUUUGCAUACAAACCGUUUUUAUGCAUUGAGGUACAGAAAAAUCUUUCUGCCAACUUUGGGUGAAAGAUUUACUCAGAAAAAAAUAAGCUGCAACUUUACUUACACGUUUACAGUGGAUUCUGGGAAUACCUCUAACAUUCUACCUUGAGUUGGAAACAUUUUUCUCCUACACUUCGUUACCCAUUGGUUAGAGAAGACGCUCCUCGACAUUUGAUUCAGAUUAAAUAUGCUGGAGUUCAAUCCCAUUGGUUUGGGGUGACAUUUGUGUGAGAAAUGGAUAACAGGCGUUUGUGAGUUUAUGUAUGGGUCUAAGUUUCUUCUGUUUGAUGUACAAACACAGCUAAGCAGAGCCUCUUGUCAUUUCUGAGGCGCUGCCCUCCAAAUGACCAAAUCUUUAUUUUGUUACUCUCAGAAUUAUAAUUCCAUAGGUUUUAGUUUAAUACUUUAUUAGUUGUAAGGUUAUGAUCAAAUAAAACUGCAUUUGAAGUGAUUUAGUUUACUUAAAUCAUGUUUUUUUUUUUUCAUUUUCCUUCAACACAGAUCUUUUGAUUUGAUUGCUGUAUAUUUUCUGUACUUCAUUGAACAAUAAAUUAAAUUAUAAC